AUGGAAGAGCUCUCCUACCCUCAUCAACAAGAUCAUCAUGCUGCCAUGGAAAUUGAGCUCCAAAAUGAACUUGGGUUCAAUCUAUACAACACCAAUACUGACCAGAACAACAACAGCAGCCAUUUGGUUUCCUUUGAGCAACAAACCAAUUGGGACAAUAUUCAUGGUGUCCAUGAUCAGAUGCAGCAACAAUUGCAAGAUGGUGCUAAUGGUGCAUACCCACCUACACCUGACCUUCUCAACCUUUUCAGCUUACCUACAUGCUCACCCUCCUCUGUUCUCCAAAACUCGUCCAUUACCUUCACAAACCCCAACCCGAAAAGCUCGAAUUUUCCGAAAUCUUUGGGGUUCCUCGGAGAUGUCCACGGUGGGAUUGACACCCCACCAGGGACAGCGAGUUCGGUUCUCUAUGACCCACUUUUCCAUUUGAACCUGCCUCCACAGCCACCAUUGUUCACGGAAUUGCUUCAGUCCUUGCCACAUGGAUACAGCUUGCCAGGCUUAAGAAAUGGAUCUUUGUUUACUAGUGGUGGGGAUGAGGGAGAGGGGAUUGGAGGAGGGGUUUACUCAUAUGGGAUUAAUAAUGGGAGGCAAUUUGAGAAUGGGGUGUUGGAGUUCUCCAGAGAAAUGGGUUCUAUUGGAAGAGGAAGAGACGUCAAAGGGACCAAACACUUUUUUUUUCUUUUUUCUUCAAUUAUUUUCUAA